CUGUACAUGGAGAUCAUUUUUAUCCUCUUGUCUGAAGUCCGAAAGCCCUGUUUCCAACUUGAAAAGCCGAAUCCUAAAGAAAAAAUCGACUUCAAGAAUAUCGCUUCGGACAUAAAUGACCCGAACUCGGUUUUUUGCACAAGCGACUUGUCCAAUUCCAAGAUGGCGUCCUAUCUUCACGUCUUCAUGCUCAUCCAGCUCAAGGUCAUGACCAACAACUUCUCGUCAUGCAAUUUUCUUGGUGAGGGCGAGUUCGGGUCGGUUUACAAGGCCUUUGCAGAUGACAAGUAUCGGCCCGGGCUGGAUGAGCACAGGCUUCUUGUUUAUGAUCAUAUAGCCAGGGGAAGUUUAGAGAAUCACAAGCAUAUAUAA